GAUUUCAGCCACAAAUAGGUGAUGUCCAUUUCCACCUUAAUCAAAUCGGCAAUUCGGCAUACCCAGAAAGAAAGAAAGAAACUGUGCCAAGCGGCGAGCUCUCACUUGCUCUCCAACUCCAACCAUGGCGCUUCUCUCAACUGCACACUCAUCUCUCUUCUUCUCCUCCUCCUCCAAAACCCCUAAUUCCGCUACCGCAAUUCACCAUCCCAAAACCCAUAUCCCCGCCUCGUUUCUCUCCCUCCCCAAAACCCUCAAACAGUCAUUAACAUCUCAUCCGCUUCAAUUCACUUCCCGAUUCUCGUCCCUUCUCCGGCGCUCCUCAGCUGCCAGCGAAGAAUCGGAAUCGGACGGGGUUACCGACGAAUGGGGCGAGAAGCCGGAGCCGAAGUCAGAGUCCCCCAAGGCUGCCGCCGUGGAUCCUCCGGUGAAUGAGGAUGAGUGGGAGGAGGGGUACUCCGCCGCCGCAGUGGGUAACGGGAACACUGCUCCGACGAAAGUGGACGACGCUACCGAGGCGCUGAAGAGGAGUCUGGCGGAUACAGUUUACGGUACGGAUUUGGGGUUCCGGGCGGGUUCGGAGGUCCGGGCUGAGGUGUCUGAGUUGGUGAGCCAGCUGGAGGCCGUGAAUCCCACUCCGGCGCCUGUUGACGCGGCUCCGUUGCUCGAUGGCAACUGGGUUUUGUUAUAUACUUCGACUUCCGAGCUCUUGCCCCUUCUGGCAGCUGGUUCAACACCCUUGCUAAAGGUGAAAAGGAUAGCUCAGUUGAUCAAUACCAGCAAUAACACCAUUGUGAACUCGACCACUUUGUCGAGCCCUUUUGCUGAUUUUUCAUUCAGCGCAACUGCAAACUUCGAAGUCCGAAGCCCUUCAAGAAUACAGGUUGAAUUCAAGGAAGGAACUCUGCAGCCUCCGGAUGUAAAGACCAGCAUUGAUCUCCCAGACGAAAUCGAUCUAUUUGGGCAGAAGAUCAGCUUGUCCCCGGCUCUUCAGUCUCUGGGUCCUCUGCAGGACUCCGUGGCUACCAUCUCGAGGGCCAUUUCCGGCCAGUCCCCACUCAAGGUCCCCAUUCCAGGCAGCCGAACCAGGUCGUGGCUCCUGACCACCUACCUCGACGAGGAUCUCCGGAUUUCAAGAGGCGACGGCGGUCUUUUCAUACUUGCCAAGGAAGGAAGCCCUCUUUUGAAUCUGUAA